AUGUGGAACGUUCCAGCAACCGUCGCCGUCAAACUCGAUCUGACGGGAAAGCAGUGGCGGAACGUAACCCAGGCAGCGGAGGAGGCUGGUUGGAAGAACGGGGUGAGCAUCAUCGCUUCGCAAGUCGUCGACGAUCUUCAAGACGAAUACUUCCCCCCUGAACUACUGAACACGUCUGCAUCUCUACCACUAACUCUAAGUAGUGCACAUAGCAUUGAAAGACUAAUGCAAUGGACAGAUAUGAUUCUGUUCGACUACAUUAUCGGUCACAAUGACCGACUCUUCAAUGCCCUUCUAAACUCAAAAUGGAACUCCCACAUGAUGGAAAAACCGGUGCACAAUCUGAAAAAGACGGCAAAGACCUCUGACCUCGUACUCCUGGACAACGAAUCUGGGUUCGAGUUUGGAUACAUUGCAGCCGAGAAGAAGGAGGAGUACCAUCAACUGCAAAUCAAUUUCUUGGACCGGAUCUGCGUGUUUCGAAGGCCAACCAUUAGCUCACUUAUGACACUUGGCAGCAGUGCCUACAAUGACAGAGGUUCGCUUUCGCCGAGCGCUCACCUAGAGAACUAUAUACGGGAAGUCGAUCUGCAGUCAUUCACUGCAGUCCGAAAAUGGAAGACACAGUAUCAGGCAGAGUUUGAUGCACGUGUUAGGAGAACACUUGAGAGAGUGCACAAGUGUGCACUCCUAGUCAACAGAUGA